GCUGGGGGCGGCUCCUGGCGGCGCGGGGCUGGGCCGGGGCCGCGCUCACCGCCGGGGCCCUCAUGGGAGCCGGCGAUGUGAUCGCGCAGCAGCUGGUGGAGCGGCGGGGGCUGCGCGAGCACCACGGCAAACGCACCCUGAAGAUGAUGGCGAUUGGCUUCGGCUUCGUGGGCCCCGUUGUGGGUGGAUGGUACAAGGUGCUGGACCGGCUCGUCCCAGGGGCCACCAAAGCCGUGGCUGUGAAGAAGAUGGUCCUGGACCAGGGCGGGUUCGCACCAUGCUUCCUCGGCUGCUUCCUCGCCAUCACGGGGGCUGUGAACGGUCUGUCUGUAGAGGAAAACUGGUCCAAGAUCCAGCAGGACUACGUGGAUGCCCUGCUCACCAACUACUGUAUCUGGCCACCGGUGCAGAUUGCCAACUUCUACUUCGUCCCUCUGAGCCACAGGCUGGCAGUUGUCCAGUGCGUGGCCAUUGUCUGGAACUGCUACCUCUCCUGGAAAGCAAAUCGGGUGUGAGGGCAGCGGCCGUGUCCCGGGGCUGCCCCCGCUCCCCGUGUGCCGCCUGAGCGCACCACCUCCAGGCUUUGACGUGGGGGCCACGGAUGGGGCUGGGGCGUGCAGGGUGCUGUCCCCACUCUCCUUGCGGGACCCCCGCUGCCUGCUGCUGCCGCCGUUGCUGCUGCUCUUGGGGGGGGGGACCAGGUUUGGCCAGGGCUGGGGGCUGCUCCCGGGGGCCGUGCAGGGCUCUGCCUGUUGGUGCGUUCCUCCAUCCAUGCUCCCUGCUCUGCCCAGCCCUGCCCCGCACGUGGGGUGUUUCUCCCUGGGGGCGGCUCUGUCCUUUUCCAGUGGGCUGCUGGGGAAGGAUGAGCGCUUGGAGCAGCACCGUCCUGGUGCAGACCCCGCUGUGCAGCACCACGGCUUGGGCACGGCUCUGCUCCGCGCUGCCUGACCCCAGCCCGUCCGUCCCAGCAGCAGCCACCGCUGUUCUCCAGCUACACCUCCAGUGGGAACCCUCCAGUGGGAACAGGAUUUCUGUGUAGCUCUGCUGACAGCCAGAGCACCCAAUAAACGGCGCUGUUCCCAGCUGA